ACUAUUCGCCUGACCAGAAAAUGACCAAAUUCUGGGCCCUUGUACUGCCGUUCGGGCUCUCAUUGGUUGAGUGCGCUGUCAUUCCUCCCCAUGCUUCAUAUGUUUCGGCAAGAGCGGUCCAAUCGACCAAUUACGAUUUUGUUAUCAUAGGAGGUGGGCCAUCGGGACUUGUCCUUGCCGAUAGGCUCACUGAAGAUCCCAAGAUAACGGUCCUUGUGAUUGAGGCAGGGCGCUUCGACCAAGGAGAAGAUGGUGUUCGCGUACCCGGUGCCUGGAAUCCUGUUCCAUACUUUUGGCCUGGAUUAGUGACGGAACCUCUCACUGCUUUGAACGGCCGUACAGAGCAAGUAGUUGUCGGGAAAGUAGUUGGAGGCGGUUCUACUAUUAACGCCAUGAACAUCCUUAGGGCGACUAAAGCUGACUAUUCUGCCUGGGUAUCUCUAGGCAACAAGGGAUGGGGUUGGAAUGAAAUGCUCCCAUUUUUCAAAAAGGGGGAGAAUUUCAACCCACCGGACCCAGCUUUCGCUGCUGCUUCGAACAUCUCUUGGGAUGAUUCAAUCAGGGGACACGGUGGACCUCUUCAGUACGGCUAUGCAAACUACAAUUACCCUGGAUCCGGCCAAUGGUGGUCAGCCGCGAAGUCAACUGGCAUGAAUCCCAUCCGCGACCCAUCAUCCGGAGUCAAUGCAGGACUCUUUUGGGUACCAAGCGCCCUGGACCCGAAGACACAGACUAGGUGUAGUGCACGUGUUGCUCAUUAUGACCGGGUCUCAAAACGCUCAAACUAUCACAUCUUGGUUGAGCAUCAAGUGGCCAAGAUUCUCUUCAAAGGCACUCGGGCCACUGGUGUACAAUAUUUCGGGAGCUCUAGAGCCAAUACUUCGACUGUUCUUGCCUCGAAAGAAAUCAUAGUUGCUGCUGGGGCAGUACACACGCCUCAGAUUCUGCAGCUGUCUGGUGUUGGACCAGAACAGGUGCUCAAAUCGCUAGGUAUUCCAAUCGUUGCAAAGCUACCAGGAGUCGGGACCAACUUUCAAGAUCAUGCUUCGAUUAGUGUGCAGUACAACUUCAGCAAUCUGAUCACUCCCAAUGCUGGCUCCAUCGCCACGAAUGCCACAUUCGCCACUGAGCAGCGGGCGCUAUACGACAAUCACCAGCCUAGUGCAUUCACCAUAGUGCGGGGCCUUGGUACCACUUUCGGCGCUCUGUCUUUCAAGGAUCUGACCCAGGCCAGUGCUUCCGUCAUCAGCGAUGCUAAGAAACGCGACGCAGCCGCUUCUCUCCCAGCAGACGAAGAUCGGACUGUUGUGGCAGGUUACAAAGCCCAGCGCAGCAUACUCAUACAGCAAUUGGAAAAUCCGGACGUGGCAGUGUCAGUCACAGCAUGGGACACGUUCUCGUCAGUCAUGGUGGCUGUUCUAAAACCCUUUAGUCGUGGCAAGAUCACGAUUCAGUCAACUGAUGUUCGGACGGAACCCAAAUUAGAUUACCGCACAGCCACUGACCCUUCAGAUGUGCCCAUCUUCAUUGCGACGCUGCGAAAGCUGCGCCAGAUUAUGUCUGCACCCGACAUGGCGGUCAUGGGUACCGCAGAGGCUGCCCCGCUCGGAGCGCAUGUCCAAAGCGAUGAAGAGUUUGAGACUAUAAUUCGUAAUUCACUAGGUGUCUCAAGCGCACACCAGUGCUGCUCUGCGCCUAUGAUGCCGCGAGAAUUAGGCGGCGUUGUCGAUGCGGAGCACAAAGUCUAUGGUGUUAGUGGACUGCGCAUCGCCGAUGUGAGCACGUUUCCUAUGGCGGUGUCUGGAGGUCCCAUGGCUAACGUGUAUGCCGUGGCUGAAAAGGUUGCUGAUGCUGUCAAAAAGACGUACAGGCUAGCAUAAGGUGUGGUGAAUCUACAUAAUCGAGCAGUUAAUUGAAUAAUUGUAUUCAC